GGGACGGGGUGCCGAGCGGGCAGCAAGCAAGGGCCUCCGCGCGGGUGGAACCGCCGACAGGGCCUGCCCGCCGGCGCGGGGCCCUAGGGGAAACUGAGGCCGGAGGUGGCAGAGCUUCUAGGAACAGCAGUCGCAGCAGCGAUGGCCCCGUCCUGGGUGCCCGCCGUGGGCUUCACGCUGGCUCCCAGCCUUGGGGGCUACCUGGCUUCCUACCAUGUCCGCGGAGAGGGCCUUCGCUGGUAUAACAGCCUUCAGAAGCCCUCGUGGCACCCGCCCCGUUGGACGCUGGGCCCCAUCUGGGGCACACUCUACUCGGCCAUGGGGUAUGGCUCCUACAUGAUCUGGAAAGAGCUGGGGGGCUUCUCGGAGGAGGCCGUGCUUCCCUUGGGCCUCUACGCUGGGCAGCUGACCCUGAACUGGGCUUGGCCUCCCAUCUUCUUCGGCAGCCGACAAAUGGGUUUGGCCCUAGUGGACCUCCUGCUGACGGGCGGGAUGGCAGCGGCCACAGCCGUGGCCUGGCACCGGGUGAGCCCUUCGGCUGCCCACUUGCUCUACCCAUACCUGGCCUGGCUGGCCUUUGCGGCCACACUCAACUACUGCGUCUGGCGGGACAAUGACGGGCGGCGUGGUGGCCGACGGCUUGUGGAGUGAGGUGCCCUCCCCUCUGAGGGUUGUGGCUGCUGCCAGGCAGGCGUUGCUGGUGGUGGUGGCCCUCAAGAUUUCAUGGGCACCAGGCCUGUGAGUCUGUCUGGGUCACAUCCCAGAGGGUCACCACCAGCUUUAGAAGUGCUUCGGGCUGAGCUCCCACCUAGAAACAGUGUCCUGCGCUUUCUGCACUGCUCAGGGCAUGGUCUUGGAACGUGGAAUUUUAUAAGCCAAAUAAAGUUUUUAACCUUC